AUGGGGUUACUAGAUAACUUCAAAGCCUUCUUACAUUCCAUAACCACGGAGGACCACUACGCGUCGUAUGACUCGCCUUACAAGAACUCCGUCAUCAAUAAUAGUGGAAGUAUUGUUGGCGGAGGCAACGACAGGGACCAGGAUUCUGGUUCCCGUCUUCACGAAUUGAACCGUUUGGCCACUGUCAACUCAUCAACGAAUUCCUUAAUAGGUGGAAACAACAGCUCCUCCAACGUGGGAUACCGCCCAGGAUUGAGAAGCAGCUCCAACGCCAACUCGACCACCGACUUGCCAAUGCAAAACUUGAAUGCCAAUGGGCAACCUCCAUUGCCUUCGAUGGAUUCUUUGUGGGACAGGAUUGAACACUGGAUUGAAGAAGAAUAUCCUGAGUUGGAAGAUUACUUGAACGAUGGUGUCACAACGGCAGACUUGAAUGAGUUUGAAAAUGAUCUUGGUUGCGGAUCUUUGCCAGCAGAGUUCAGACAAUUUUACAAGAGACACGAUGGUCAAUUUAGAGGCGGUAGACCAACCGGUUUAAUCUUAGGUCUCGCCCUUUUGGAUUUAGAAGGUAUCGCAGAGGAAUAUGCUGUCUGGGGAAAGGUUGCCCAAAGAUUGGAAAGACAGCAGUAUCUUGCCCAGAAUCAACAGUUACAAGGAACUUCAAGUGCCAAUCAAGCUAGAUCCAACAAUUUCAUGGCUAACCAAAGAUCCAUUCCUCCAAAUGCAGUCCAAUCUACUUAUUAUCAUAAAGCAUGGAUCCCAAUCUUGAAAGAUCACAUAGGAAAUCAAAUUGCCAUAGAUUUGUCUCCAGGACCCAAUGGUAAUUGGGGUCAAAUGAUCAUCUUUGGUAGAGAUUUUGAUACUAAGCUCGUUAUUGCUGGUAGUUUUGUUGAAUUCAUUUAUAACUAUGUUACUGACUUGGAUGCUGGUAAUUUCAGCAUUGACUCUUCUGAAACUAGAGAAGAUCAAGGAUUUUUGUCUAGCUCUAGAGAUGAUGAAUAUGGUAUCGGUGAUGAAGACGAGGACCAAGGGGAAUUAACCUUCCAUGAUCCAGAUGGAAAAGAAUUUGGAAAGGGUGCUUUUAAGGGAGAAUUCAGCUACAUUGAAGUGUUAAAGAAAAGAGCCUUGAAGAAAUACGGUUUGACUGAAAAUUUCGAAACUGCAUUCACUCCUGCUAGUGUGUCGAUCAAAAAAUCAAAGAACCCUCUUAGUGGAGUCUCAACCCCAUUGAGAUCACUGAGUCCAUCUUUGUCUCUCAAGAAUAAUAACUCUAAGUCCGCAUUGAUAAACUUGGAGAAUACCAGUAAAGUUGCAUUACCAAAGGAAACCCUUAUAGAUGACAAAGUGGAAAGUCCCAAGGAUGCUAAGGAAGAACCAAAGAAGGAAGAACCAAAGAAGGAAACUCCGAAACAAUCAAAGAAGCAACAAUCUAAGAAACAACAAUCUAAGAAGGAGCAAUCAAAGGAAGACGUGGCCAAGGUAGAUGCAUUGAACGAAGUUUCCUUGAACGAAGAAGAACCUUCGAAAGAACAGGUUAAGGAAGACUCUCAAGAAAUCCUGAUUUCUGAACCUCAAGAGGAACGGAAGUUGGAAACUGCUGCCUGA